AUGGUAACCCCAGACAAGAUACACGACACUUCACUCCCAAUGAGGGAGAGAAUGGAAGCUCUUAUCCGUUUGAAGCAACAAGAAAUCACUGCCGGUAUAGCUGGUCUUGAUACCGUCGAGUUCCGUACUGACAGCUGGACUCGUGGUGAAGGUGGUGGUGGUGGCCAAUCGAUGGUCAUUCAAAAUGGUACCACUUUUGAAAAGGGGGGAGUGAACAUUUCCAUUGUUCAUGGGGUACUUCCACCGCAGGCGGUGACUCGUAUGAGGGUCAACCAUAAGAACAUCGAGGGAUGUGGUGAGGAUGGAAGUGUCAACUUCUUUGCCUGUGGUCUUUCAUUGGUGAUCCACCCAAUCAACCCACAUGCACCAACCACUCACUUGAACUACCGUUAUUUCGAAACCACCAACCCUGAAAGUGGUGAAGUUCAAGCCUGGUGGUUUGGUGGUGGUGCUGAUUUAACCCCAUCUUAUCUCUACGAAGAGGAUGCCAAGAACUUCCAUCAAUUACACAAGGAUGCCUUGGACAAACAUGACACUGAAUUAUAUCCAAAGUACAAGAAAUGGUGUGAUGAAUACUUUUUCAUUAAACAUAGAAACGAAUCAAGAGGUAUUGGAGGUAUUUUCUUUGAUGAUUUUGAUACUAAGCCAGCUGAUGAAAUCUUAAAGAUUGUAGAAUCUUGUUUUGAUGCCUUUUUACCAUCUUAUUUGCCAGCAGUCAUCAAGCGUAAGGAUUUACCUUAUACCGACGAACAAAAACAAUGGCAACAAAUUAGAAGAGGUCGUUAUGUUGAAUUCAAUUUGGUAUUGGAUAGAGGUACUCAAUUUGGUUUACAAACCCCAGGAAGUCGUGUGGAGAGUAUUUUGAUGUCACUUCCUGCCACCGCUAGUUGGGUCUACGAUCACCAUCCUGAAGAAGGCACUGAAGAAGAUAAAUUGGUCAAGAUUUUACAAAAUCCUAUUGAAUGGGUAUAA